AUGCGUUCUCCAUUUUUAUCUCACAAUAUUAAGGCACGAAUAUUUGUUGAGCAAGUGACACCGCUUUAAGCUCAAGUCCUCGACUUUCCAAUAAAAACGUCCAUAAUCAAUAGAAUAUUAAAGAAAUCUAUUAGAAAUGGAGUACAAAGUGAUUACAGAAGAGCAUUUCGAGCGAGUGAUUGAGCAUUUGCGUGGAAAUUUCUUUGCCGACGAGCCGCUUAAUCAUGCGGCCGGACUCUGCCAGCAUGGCGGUGGCAACGCUGAACUGGAGCAUCACAGUCUGGCAACGCUGCAGGAUCAGCUCAGCCUGAUGGCCGUCGAUGGGCGCGCUGACAGCGCCACCUAUGGCCAAAUAGCUGGUGUCAUACUCAACGGCAUAUUGCGUCCGGGCGAUACGGAAGAGGCGCUGGAAAAACUACAGCACAGCAUGGACGAAAAUUACAAGAAGAUAUUUGAGCUGCUCUACGGGCACAGCCUGCAGGUGGAUCUAUUUGCACGCUACAAUGUGGAGCGCAUCUUUGAUGUGCGCAUCCUAUCGGUGGAUGCACGCUUCCGGGGCCAGGGCAUCGCCAAGGAGCUGGUGCGUCGCGCCGAGCAGGUGGCACGCAAAUCCGGCUUCCGUCUGCUCAAAGCCGAUGCCACCGGCAUAUUCUCCCAGAAGAUAUUGUGCUCCCAGGGCUUUCAGCCAUUCUCGGAGCAGCUGUACGCCAAAUAUACAAACGAUGCCGGCGAGAUUAUAUUGCCCGUGGAGGCGCCGCACAUUAAGCUCCAGCUGCUAACUAAACAGCUCAACUAUGAGAACAAUAAGGAUAUUCCGUCGAUGCAGCAACAGUAAAGUUCAAAACACAAUUUUUAUAGACCAUUUUUUUUUUAUAUAUAUUCUAUAUAGAUAUAUAUAUAUAUAUUUCUAUGUAAACGCGAUCUUGGAAUGUGCAAGGCAUAAAGUCUCAAGUAAUCUCAGGCAAAUAUUUGUAAUAUAAUGCGUGCGGAAUUACAAAAUAUUUAAUAACUA